CGAGCACCUCCGUGAUUGUCCAUUGCUCGUACAAAUUAGUGCAAAAGCUUUGAUCUGGUUAGUUACCAAAUUGUGUCCAAGAUGGAGAAGGUGCCAAGAAGUCUGGUUUUUCUCGCAGCUCCAUUGUUCUGCUUGCUUCUCCUCUGCUUACUCUACACUGGCGAAUUCAGAUCGCGUGUAGUUCCAUUAAAUCAAUGGAAGAAACAGAUAACGAAUUGGGGCGGGAGUCGCAUGGAAGAUCAAGAGAAGCUGCAGUUUCUCUUGGAAAAACUAGUGAAAGGAAAGAAUCGAGCGCAGCUGGAAGCGACCGGAUUUGCAUGCCAUUCAGACCUUCACACUGAUGUUUGUGUGUCCAAUAGACCAGUAAGGAUCGAUACGCUUACAAUGAAGGUUUAUGCACCAUUCAGUCAAGGUAUGCCCCAAGCGAAUCGCGUAGUCCUUCCAUAUCCAAAGAAGGAAGAUAAGCGGCUCAUGAGAUCGGUUUCAUCAGUGCAAAUACUUCAGGGAAACCCUCCUCCGCCUUGUCGUUAUACACAUGAUGUCCCUGCCGUGGUUUUCUCAUCCGGCGGAUACUCAGGAAACGUAUUCCAUGAUUUUAGUGAACUAAUCAUUCCCUUGUUCCUCACAAGUCGCCUCUUCCAAUCUCGCCUACGCUUUAUUGUCACCGAUUUCAGACUUAAGUUCAUUGGUAAAUACAAGAAUUUUUUUUCCCAUUUAUCAAGCUAUGAAAUUAUAAAUCCAGCAGCAAAUGUAAGCGUGCAUUGCUUUCCUGGAGUAGUUGUCGGGCUUCACUAUCAUGGUGCUCUUGCCUUAAACACCGCUAACGUCCCCGAAGGUUACUCCAUGCUUGAUUUCAAACAAUUUCUCAGAGAAUCAUACAAUCUAAAGAUACAAGAUGUGUCACAAGCGGAAAAACCGGUGCUAGUACUUAUAUCUCGUCAUGGAUCAAGAAUGUUCCUCAACGAAGACGAGAUGGUGAUCAUGAUGAAGGCAUUGGGCUUUCGAGUUGUCGUUGCAAGGCCCGAUGUGAUGGCCAAUUUAGACAAGGUAGCAGAGGAACUGAACUCGUGCAGCGUGCUGGUCGGGGCCCACGGUGCCGGGCUUACAAACGGUCUCUUCUUGCCCCAAGGGGCUGUCAUGGUGCAAGUGGUAGGGCUGGGCCUAGAACCUUUCUCAGCAUUCUUCUUCGGCGAGCCAUCGAAAGAGAUGCCUUUGAAUUACUUAGAGUACAAAAUUGAAGCAGAGGAAAGCUCUCUCACCUCUCUCUAUGGCAGAGAUCACCCUGUCGUCGUUGAUCCGGAAUCUGUGGCCGCGACGAAAGGGUAUGGGUUUGAAAAGGCUGUGUACCUUGAUGGGCAAAAUUUUACUAUUAAUGUUGUGAGAUUUCGAGAGACUAUUAUCAAAGCAUUUGGACUUCUUGGGCGCCCAGCUCCUUUGGGUUGAAGAAAUAUUGUUUCGAGAUGAUUCUUCUUCUAUUUUAAUUACUUGGUUAUUUUUGGUAUAUCGUCACUUGAUUGGAAGAGAAGGAGAGAGAAAUGAUGAAACACAUCAAUUUGUAGAUACACAUUUUUUUUAUAAUUUAAAAAAAAAUAUUGCCAUAAUUG